CGGGUUGUGCUGACGAACUGACGCCCGUCAAAACUGCUCUGACUACGACAUCAUUUCCAUGGAGCGAGGACCUUUAGAGAUUCGCGGUCGUCGAUGUUGUUUAGAGGAGUAAAUCAUACUAAGACGUCUUCAAGCAGCCCCACGUAACUUCUAUUUGGGUUCUCCAGUCAGUAAACAUGGAUCUUUCAUUCAUGGCAGCACAGAUCCCUGUGAUGACAGGUGCCUUCAUGGACUCCUCACCCAACGACGACUACAGCACGGAGCACUCCCUCUUCAACUCCUCGGCCAGCGUUCACGUGGCGACGGCCUCCGCCUCCUCCGCCCAGGCCCCGCCCGACGACCAGCAGCAGAUGUCCAGCGACGCCAUCUGGCUCUGGAUCGCCAUCGUGGCCACCAUCGGCAACAUCGUCGUGGUCGGGGUGGUCUACGCCUUCACCUUCUGAAACCCCUCCACUCCCAAGAACCCCCCCCCCCCACCCCCACCCCUCCCGACCCUGAGAACAUACUGUACGUGACAGCGACCACGCGGGGUGGUGCUCUAAAACUUUACAGCACCACCAGGCUCCCUGGUGGUCCAGUGGCGUGACUCUGUCUUGGAUCUAUGGAGAUACCGAGACCCUAAUAACCAUCUGGCCCCUGCAGAUCUUCACUGCCAUGCGAGUUUAGCUGGAUGGACUCCCCCCCCACUACCCUCAACUCAAAUCGUGUGUGCACACUUUCACUAGAGCAGAGUGUGGGGCUUAAAAGAGGAUUAUGAUGUAGUUAGUGAAUUGGACCUGCUUAAUCGCCCCCCAGAUAGAUGAGAGGCAAUUAAGGAAAGUGCAGCUUAAUUAUUUGGAUGAAGGGACCAUGAAUCUUGAAAUGUUCCAAGUGAAUCGGGUCAUUACUGUUGCAUUGCUCUGCACUUGGCAAACUUAUUACAUAAUAAAUAACUUGUAAAUUCAACUGCCGGAGGUGGGUGACUUGAAACAACAGUGUUUGCUGCCGCUGUGGUGGGUGGCGCUUUUUGCAUGAGCCCCGCUGUUCUUUCUUUAAUGAGGGUUCUAUCUGAGAACUCCAUGGAGUGCAUUAAGCCGCAGCUCCCUUCCCUUGUUCAGCCAUAUUAAGACCAACACGGAAGUGCAGCUUCAUAGGCCGUCCCCAAACAUGCGCUAUAAUGCUCUCCUGGUGUUCCUUUGUCACAGGUUAUUAAACUACCAGUGCUGAGUGGACUACAGCAACAGAAGACUACAGUCCUAAUUGUUUUGUCACUGUAUGCAAAUAGUAAGUAAUUAUUUUUUAUGACAGAGACAUUCCUCCUCCGACUAGAUUGACUAGAUUCAUCAUGGGAGUGGUUCAGUGGCAGCUGUUGCCAUAGUGAUUUUGAUCUCAUAUGGCACUUUAAUGGUAUUUCUUCAACAAGACAAAGACAGGGCUCACUCACUGUAGGUGUUAUUUUGAUCGAGACCCAUAUGGGCAGCACACCAUGCUUUAGUCAGUUGAGAAAGACGGCAAAAAAUAAAUAUUUUGGAAAAUGUGAACACAUCUCUUCAGAUUAAGUCAGUUAUUGCACACUUUGGGCCUAUCUAUUUACAAGGUUAAGUAAGAGCUUGAACAUCGUUCAGUCCCAGGUGUGACUAUGUAAGUAAGUACAGUAACUAAGUAAGCUAUGAUCACCUGUGAUGGUGGAAUGAACAUAGGCUUAAAGUAACACCAAUAGCUGAAUGGUGGUUAUUAGAAAUGGCCACAAACAAAUGACCAGGUGUUACAUUUUACCAUGAAGCUAAUUAAAUGACAUGACACAGGGAUCUACUGUACAAUAUCUUUGUUGUUUUCUGCUAUUUCCACUUUUAACAACCGGCCAAAAUGUUUGUCAUGCCAAAUGUCAAAUGAUCCUGCUUGUUAUAUAUUUUAUUUUUCCUUUAUAAAAGCAGGCCAAUAUGCAGCUGUGUAAUCAGUGCCAACUCAAAGGGUAGCUCUUAGUGCCAGCUAAGCGUACUGUAUAUGAAUGAUUCAGUCGUACACUCAAAUAGGGUCUUUGAAAGACCAGUUUUUAUUUUUCAUUUGAAAAAGUGUCUAAUGCCUGUAUUUGUGCUAUAUUAUGACACACACACACAUACAACAAUAAACUGUU